UAUAUGCUUCAUUUACUUUUCAGUUUGCUUUGCGUUAUUCAUUUAAGAUAAUAAGUUUAUUGUUUCAAUAUGCUGAACGUUGUAUUCCGUUUGUCAGUAAUUUUCUACCUGAUUGUGUUUUCAAAGUCACAUUCAAUCGAAAAUUCUGAUCUUUGUCAGAAUUUAAAUACCUUUUGCUCUUCGGCAAAGCAACAGUGUGGAAGUUCAUCAACAGAUUCGCAUUUUAAUCGUGUUGUCGGAGUGCCAGGAAAAAGAGGUCCGAAGGGUUUUAGUGGUCCUAAUGGCCCUAUUGGCCCACAAGGCCCCCCGGGUGUUGUUGAUUACGAAACAAUACAAGGACUAAUUGAUUCGAGAUUAUCUGUUCUCAAUGAAAUGGAAGAACGAAUUGAUUUUAUGAAUAAAUCCAUUAUAAAGUUAUCUGAAUUUCAUGAAAAAGUGUCAGUGGAGGAUUGUGAUGUCUAUUAUAGAGGAAAAUGUUUCAAGAUUCCGGAAGAUUUGCACAAUAGUCAAGAUGUAAAUUUCGCUCAAGCUGAACAAAUGUGUCGUAAUAUUGGUUGGAAACUUGCAAAUAUAUAUUCAUUGGAACAUUAUCAAUCUGUGGCAGCUUAUCUUCGCACUAAGAUUCCUUCCAGCAAUUAUGCCACCGUUUGGCUCGGAAUGACACGAAAUCAACAGACACAAACUGUAUAUCUAUCUGAUGGUACAGUGGCUCCAACAUUACCAUGGUAUCCUGGAUAUCCACAUUCGGCAUCAACAAGCUCUAAGAUGAAUAUGGAUAUAAAAUCAAAUGAAAAAUCUCCGGAUCAGGGAAUGGUUAAUUACUCAUCGACGGAAACAAGGAGAGGAGCACUUUGUCAGAUUUGAAUGUAACAAACUAAAACACUUUAUUACAACUAUAAAUUAUUAUCAUUUUGAGGUGGCUGGUUCAAUUACAUUUGAGAGCUUCAAAAAUUUCCAUGCAACGGCUUUAAAAACAUCUUCGCGUGAAUCGCGUCGCGACCUUUUGAUAAGAAUUACUUCUAACCAUUUUUAUGGGAAAACGCUUUACAACGUCGAAUAGAAUUUUAAUUUAAACAGCCAGCACAAAAUGUUCAAUCUAUGACCGAUACGAACCGUUUAAAAUGUUAUUAAAUUAAGUAAAAAAUAUUUAACAAUAAAUUUUACUAAUAUAAGAUUGGAAAAAUGCGGCGAGGUUUUUAUUAUCUCCCCAGCAAAGUGAUUCUCUUUUGUGAGUAUGUCGCAAUAUUUCCCAUUGGUUAGAUACUGGGUUGAAUGGUAGUGUAGCGAAUGUGGAAUGAAACUAUAUGGCUUUUAAUGUUAUUUUACACCUUUCUAUUAUUAGCUUAUUGAAUUCAAUUAAAUAUGCCAUUUUAGCAAUUUUCCUGACGGUGAGUUAUCGUAGCGUACGUUUUACUCAUUAUGCAGAGCUAUCUUUGUAUCGACCAAUUUAUGGCUUAUUUUAUGCUACCGUUGUUUAGUUGGGAAAUGAGAAUAUUGUGUUUUUCAUGUUUUGUGAUGAUAACUGAUUUUGAUUUCAACCGUAUAACUAGUAUUACGGUUUAGGUGUAUAUUUCGAUAUAUCUGUUUGGUUUCAAUUCAAUUGUACAACUUUACAAAAUACGAACAUUUGGCCUUACAAUAUAUUGUGUGCUUAUUGAGCUCUGAGGAGUUUAGAUUAGGGUUUAAUUCCGCUAUUGUAUGUAUAUAUAAAAAUAAUACGGGAGUAAGGACUCGCAGAUAUAGGCACCCAUUUCCCCCAUGGGACUACGUUGGUAAGUUGUAUCAUGUUUUCUGUUUGUUUGUUUUCAGAUGUCUCGUAAUAAUAUACACACAUAGUUUCAACUAGUAGUAUUUAUUGAACCAAUUAAUUAGUGCACAUUGUUCUCAAAAUUAAGAAAAUUACAUAAGACAAGAUUGAACUUUUCCAAGAUCUGAAAGUUUUAGAAAAUGUCCAAAGAUACACCCCGAUUAAAAGCUUGAUAAGCGGGUAGUUCAUAAGAUCAGCAUCAUUCUAAAAUCAUGAAAAGAUGACAUCAUGUUAUUUGUAUAAAUAAUGUGAGCAUGAUUAAAAAUCGUCAAUUUUUCUUUUUAUGAACAAUAUUUCACACCUCCACUUUGCAAAAAAGGCUCUAAAUAGUAUUUAUAAAUGGAGUGUUUUACAAAUAUACAGUAUACUAAAUGAAAUUUGAAUUCUGACAAAUAUUAUCUUUGAGCUCUAUAGAAAUAUAUAUAUACAGUAUAUUUGUAUUACUACAGGGUUUUCGGUAUCAUUUGCUAAACUCUUAUGUGCAAAUAAUUUGUAAUUUUAUUGUAUUCAUUUCAUAUAUUCCAUAUACUAAUUGACUAAUUUCCUAUUUAAUCCAGUAUUUGUACAUAACGUAAUUUUCUUCACCCCAUUCAACAAAGUACUGUCAAAAAUCACUAAUUUGGAAUCAUAAUUUGCUCACGUCGUUUCUUCAUUAUAUCGGAU